GUGGUGAAGCAGUUUCGCGCUAUAAGAAGAAGAGUGAGCGCAUCUGCAGCUCAGAGCUGGUGCGUCCUGGUGCGUCAGAGUCACUUCAGGUCACUUCACCACUCCACAGACUCUUCACCUGAUCUGCAGAUCCGCAGCUGACAAGAUGCCAAAGUGCCCGAACUGCCAGAAGGAAGUUUACUUCGCUGAGAAGGUGACGUCGUUGGGUAAGGACUGGCACAGGCCCUGUCUCAAGUGCGCUAAGUGCAGCAAGACUCUGUCAUCGGGCGCACACGCAGAGCAUGGAGGAAAGCCGUACUGUCACAACCCCUGCUACAGCGCUCUGUUCGGACCUGGAGGUUUUGGCCGCGGUGGAAGCGAGAGCCACAAAUAUUAACCGACAGGUUCAGACCUCGCAGUAAAUAUUGUUGCUUGGAAACUCGAUCGAAGACGCCAGCAUGAUGACGACUCCCAAUAAAAAACAGCAAACAAGCUGCGCUCUGAUUUAGAGGAAACAGUGUCUGUGUUUUUAUUUGUAAUACAGUCAUGAAGAAGUUGAGUCUCUUCCUGUUCGUAGUGUGGACUUUUUGAUUAAACUCCUUUUAAUUGUG